AUGACGCCGAGACAGGACCCAACCAAUGCUCAGCUUGCUCAAGCAAUGGCACAGCUGGCCCAAGUAGUUGCGCAGCAGGUUGCCGCAGCCGCUGCACAAACUGCAGCACAAAAACAGAGGGAAGCUGAAGAGAACGCUAGGAGGGCUGAGGAAGAUGCCAGAAGGGCACAAAGGGCUGAGAGGGAACUGGCGCAAGAUCAAGUUAGGAUGAGGACUGAUUUCAAUCGUCACGGACCACCUAAGUUCGAGGGCGAGGUUGAACCGGAGAAGGCCGAUCAGUGGAUCCAGGAGAUGGAAAAGAUAUUUGAGACUCUCCGCACUCCAGAUGCUGAAAGAGUGAAUCUGGCCGCCUUUAUGCUGAAGGGAGAUGCCGAGUAUUGGUGGAGGAGUGCAAGACAACUGAUGACUGCAAAUCAUGUGGCUAUCACUUGGGAGUCUUUCAAAAGGGCUUUCAUGGACAAGUACUUCCUCGGGACUGCAAAGGAAGAGAUGGAGAAUCAGUUUCUCCGUUUGAGACAGGGUACGAUGACGGUGGGCGAGUAUGCUGCCAAGUUGGAGGCUUUAUCCAAGCACUUCCGUUUCUUCCAAGUGCAAGUGGAUGAGGCCUAUCUCUGCAACAGGUUCCAGAGGGGUUUGAGGAACGAGAUUGAGAAAGCUGUCAGGCCACUGGGGAUCAGGGUUUAUCAACAAGUGGUUGAGAAGGCCCGAGAGGUGGAAGCGAUGGAGAACAGACAGAGGGGUCGAUCAGGAAGUGGAGGGCCAAUCAGGUCAAGCCAUCAAGACUAUGAAGAGCGGAGUAAAGAGAAACCACCUCAGAAGAAGCAUUACGACUACCGGCGAGACAACAAUCGAGUUAUAGGCCAGAACACACCCAAUGCUACAACUUAUGAAGGUCAGGGGAACCAAGUCCAAGGGAAGGAUGUGACUUGCUUCAAGUGUGGGAAGGUGGGUCACUAUGCUAAUAACUGCAAGGGAGACCAUAGAGUGUGUUUUAACUGCAAUAAGCCGGGACACGUGGCAAGGGAUUGCAAUGCACCAAAGGUUGAAGUGGGAGCGACCUUGAAAACUGCAAGAGGAAAGUGUCCGGUAACAGCAGGAUGA